AUGGUGCUACAACAUAAUUUUUAUCAAUUAAAAUUAGGUUUACCAGAUACGGCAAAAAGUGAAAUUGUACAAGGACAAUUUGGUAAAUUAGUCAUACCAGCUGCUACUAAUGAUUAUUUGGAUGCCGUUGUUACAUAUGUUGAAUCUUGGACUACAAUUCAUGUACAAUUACCAAAUGCUUAUCAUAUACUAUCAAAAUUACAAAAACAAUUGGAACAAAUAUAUCAUACCACUAAAUCAUUAUCAAAUCCUCUCUCUGGCUCAGUUGGAAUUAUAAAAUAUGAACAACAAAAUGAAUACUAUCGUAUACUUAUUAUGAAACGUAUCGAUCAAACAUUAAUACUUGUACGAUUUGUCGAUUUCGGUUAUACGGAUGUUGCAACAAAACAUCUUAUUCAUCCAAUAUCAAAAAGAUUAACCAAUUUACCUGCACAAGCAUUUCCGAUACGAAUAGAAUUGAGAAAUAGCAUAGCAGGUUCAAUGUCACUUAAUGCUUUUCGAAAAUAUUUGACAAAUGCGCAAGUUAUCAUUCAAUUAGAUAAGGAUGAUAAGGAAAUAAGCGGUGCACGAAGGAGAAAUGAGAAACGGCGAAAGGAAAUGCGACAUUCAGAUUUCGUUUACAAAAAUAACAAAUAUAGCAGAGCUGAACAACAAUCAUUGAAUGAAGCGCAGGAAAUGAAAUCAAAUCGUAAUCAAAUUGGAAAUCAAAUUCGACCAGCAUUUAUAAAUCAGAAAAAUAAUACAGAAAUGAAAAUCAAUUAUAUUGAUCAUCAUCCAAUUUCGUUGAAAGAUAACAACAAGUCGAAUCGAUUAAGAAAUCAAACUCCAAGUGAUACUACAAAUAGUAAUUCGUGGAAAAACACUGAAAAACAAGAAUCAGUGGAAACUAUCAGUGAUAGGCAAAUUAUUCAGGAUUUAAGCUCAUUGAUCGGUUUAAUGGCAUAUGGUAGUUUGAAAAAUGAUAUUGAUAAAAAAAGAAAGAGAAGCGAUUCCCGAAAACAUGCUGGUCGUUCAAUUAUUGAUUUCAAUAUACCGUCAUCAUUAUCAUCAUCAUCCUCAUCAACAUAUGUCGAUAAUACUCAAAGACGAUCUCAAAUGGUAGUGAAAAAUCAUGCUAAUAAUAUGGAUAGUAGUAGUUUUAGCGAAACAGAAAUUCAAGCAUGUUCGAAAAUUUCCACUUCUGAAAGCACUAAUGAUGAUGAUCACUCAUCAGACUCAUCUGUCAGUAGCAGUCGUACAACUCUAAAUGAUAUUUCUAAUCGAAAGCAAAAUAUGAAACCGGAAAAUUGCAAGAAAGAUCGAAAGAACGAUAUGGUGAUAAAAAUUGAUACGAUAGUCGAUAAUGAUGAAUCAUCUGCAGAUGUAUCGUCGUCAAACGCCAUAACUUCAACAAAAAGUGAUACUACUUCUGAUGGAACAACAACAAGCAUGGCUGCGAACAAAAUUACACGUUAUUCUGAUGAUGAAUCGGAAAGCAGAAUUGGCAACAAUUCUUCAACAGGACGAAGAUUAACUCAUGCUUGGACCAGAAGUAAUACGAUGCCGAAUGAUAAUGAAAGCAUGAAUGAUGAUUAUGAUUGUACUCAGCGAAAUUCAACCCUUCAACAGAAUUCUGUCUCACAGACGUUUUCGACUCAUCAAUCGAAUUCUGUUUCACGUAUGUUUCCUGAACAUCAACUGGAUUCCAUUUCACGAACGUUCCCAAUCUGUCAUACGCUAUCAUCGUCAUCAUCCACUAAAACAAUCAAUUCCUAUUCGAGUGAAAAUAUAGGACAGAACAAAUAUCCGUAUGCAAAUUCGAUACAUUCAUCUGAUUUCGAAAUACCACCUUAUCUGAACAUCGUUCCGACAUCAUCCUACAGUCAGCAAUUCGCUUAUGGGACACCAAAGAUAAUGACACAUGCACAAUUAACCGAUGAUAUCAGGAGAUGGCCACCAUCAGAAUCGGAAAGAACGAACAGUAUACAAACUCACACAAGUAAUAACAAGAUCUAUUCGGAAUCAACAGGAAGCUCCAGGAUUCUUUCGAACAACACACAAAUUCAUGGAAAUAAUCAUAGAAUCCACUUGGAGUCGACACGAGGCACUGGGAUUUCACCAACACGUAAGUUAGAAAACAUACCAAGAAGAUUUUCACAAGAGAUUAGUGUUGAAAAACUUACAUCGGAAUCAUGUUCCGGAACUCAAGAACGAAGACAAAAUUGUUACCAGUCAAGAAGACGCGCAUCAGUUGACUCAACGAUUCCUUUGACAAUUCAAAAAUCCACUAUAUCAGAAGAAUCCAAAAGAUGCAGUACCGAUUUCGAAUCAUCCUUACCGUAUAAGUUUGCUAAAAAUCAAAAAAUCAGAGAGUUCUUUACUAAUUUCGAACAAUCUAUCGGAUCAUAUCCAAGAACGGAUGUACAACUUAGCCAUCCAGAAUUAUCAGAAAUUACAUCAGUAAGCAGUGAAUUCAGUACAACCCCAAAUUGUCAAAAUUUAAGAAAAGAGCUAAAACUCUCACAUGCAGAAAUACAAAUGGAACAAUCAAGUUUAGCAGAAGAAGAACUGGAAAUGAAAAUGAACAUAGUACUGAUGCCAAAGCAUAUCAUGAUUGAAAAGCAUUAA